AUGUCAUCUUACAAUUCAGAAAAUCAAUAUUCUUUAUUACAAAAUGCAUCUUUAUUAUUAUCACUAUCACAUAAAAAUGAUAAAGGUAAAACUGAUAAAUCCAAUACUGACAAAAAUUAUAAAUUAAACAUUACUAAGGAAAAGAGAAAUGGUUCAAUUCCAAUAAAUAGCGUUAUUAAUCAUCCAAUAGCACCAACGAUUGCUAAUGUUAAUAAUCCAAUUGUUCCAAUAGCAGCUAAGGAUAAUUUAAUUGCAAGUGAAAAUAAAAAUUUGAUGAUAGAAAAUAAAAGACAAUUGGCUGCUGAUGCUUUGGCUGCUGCUGCUAUAAUUCCAUUGCCAGUAAAGUCAAAAAGAAAGACGCAAUCUCUAUCAAAAUUAAAAAUUUCAAAUAUGGUAGAUAAUGGAAUGAAAAUCAAUGAAAGUACGAGUAAUAAUAUAUCGAUAACACCCACAAAUAAUACUUCAUGCUCUUUUUCAGAUAUAAUAAAUAAAAAUAAUGAUAACAACACCAGUUCUGCUCAUACUGCUUCCAACUCGUUAUCCCCUACUAACAUUUUAGAAAUAAAAAACUCACCUCAUAGCAGUCCCACUAAUUUGACUAAUAGGAACGAUAGCGAAAUGUUCAUGUGGUCAGUACCAGAUUCUUAUCUUGUUGAUGAGGACGAUUUUGUUAUAACUUGUAUCUGUGAACUAGAUAUUGAUGAUGGAGAUCUUAUUAAAUGUCAGCAUUGUAAUAGAUUCCAACAUAAAAAUUGUUACAUUAUUGGUCAUAUAAACCAAAUUUCUAGUACAGGCAUUUUGAAUGAUAACUCAGGUAAGUGUGACAAUAAAUCUUCAAAAAUAAUUGAAACAGUACAUUAUUGUAAUAUUUGUAAGCCAAGAAGAUUAAAUACAAAAUUAGUUAAGGAAAAACAAAUUGAUAGAAUUAAACAAUUAGCUUCUUACCCUUCCCCAAAUGUAAAUAAUCCAACUAUCAAUAAUAACCAAAAGAGAACAAGCAAUGUUUCGGUUACUUCAAUUGGAUCAUCCCAACACAAUAAUUACGUCUCUGAAAAUAAUAGUGAUGGGAUAAAGUCCAGUUUACCAUCUUCCUUGGGGUCAUCUAGUUUGUUGUCUUUGAAUAAUGUCGAUCAAAAGCAUUCGAACUCUUAUCACAAUGAUACAAUUAAUUUUAUUAAUAAAAAUCUCACAUCUAUUUCCUCGGUUAAUCUUGAUACUCAUCCGAAUAACAACAACAAUACCAGCAAUUUUAAUAUGCAUCAUAAUAUAAAUAACAUUCUUAAUACUAUAGACUCUACAGAAGCUACUAAUCAUAAUUAUAAUAUUAAUACACCAAGAAGACAAAUAUUCAAAGACAAAUAUGUUCAAAAUUUUAUAUUACAUCAUAAAAACGACGAUUGGGUCAUUUCAUACCCAUCUAACAUUUUUACCCCAAUACCAAUGGAAAGAAGGCCUUUAUCAACAAGCUCUAUAUUUUCUUCCCCGAUUUUAAAUACUAACAGAAGCGCUAAUAACAGUGAUGAUGAUGAUUUAACAACGAAUUCUUAUAACAAUACUAAUAUCGUUGCCAGUUCUAAAUUGGGCGUAUUUUUAAAAAGUCCUUGUGGCGAAGGAGAAUUUCUACAAGAAAUUUUUGGUGAAAUUGAUUUUCAAAAGAACUAUAUUUCUAAUCCCAAGAAUUAUUAUAGAAUGUGGGCUGUUCCAAAACCUAAAUAUAUUUUCCAUGACCAUUGGCCCUUGUUUAUAAAUUGUAAAACAAAUAACAAUCUAACGAAGUUUAUCAGAAGGAGUUGUAACCCAAAUGUAACAAUGUCCACUAUUAGAUUAUCAAAUAUCCAAGCCAAUGGUAGUAUUAGCAGUCAAACUUCAAAAUCAGUUGAUGAAGAAGUUAAAUUUGUUCUAAAAUCGUUACGUCCAAUUGAUAUUGACGAAGAGAUUACGAUUGGCUGGCAAUGGGAUUUAAGACAUCCAAUUUGGAAACUCAUCAAUAAAACCUGUACGUUCGAAUCAUUAUCACAGAUUGAAAAAUUUAAUUUAAUUUUAUCAAUCGAUGCAAUUCUGUCAAGUUAUGAAUGUGCAUGUCAAAAGAAUGAUCCAAACUGUAUGUUACUAACAGUUAAAUCUUAUUCAAAUGGCUUACACUUAAAAUCAAAGUCAACUUUUAAGGAGGUUCUGAAUGAAAGACUCCAAUUACAACAACAUAAAAAAACCAAACAUGUCCAAAAAAAUUUAAGCCAAAAUAGAAUAUCUAAAUAA